GAAACAGAGAUCGUCAGUAGCAAGCAAGAGAACAACAAAAACAUACGCCUAUAGUCUCGGGUCCUCGUGUCGUGAUUUUGGCUAGAAAAAAAGGAAAAUAACCAAUUUCCACCCGUGGACGGUUUGAUAUUCUAUCGCUUUAGUGGAUUACUGCAAAGGGAUUACCAGCAGAAACAGUCAAAGAUGACAAUCUUGACGAAACCUUUUGGAGAUGCGAAGAAACCAGAGAAGACCGUGUUACCCCUAGUGGGAGCUUCCGGAGUUCCGACUGCUCCGAGUGCGCCUACGGACAUCCCUCACGACGACGAAUCCGCUGCAUCCAGCAUUAUCCUGAUCCGCCGAGCUCGUCGCAUUUCGUCAGCCACAACCUAUAUUUUGUUUUUGAUUGCCCUGCUGGUCACGUCACUGGGGAUCAUCGGUGGUGUCUUCUACUAUCGACAGUAUGCAAUGUCUCGGGGUCAUAUGCGAUUCCACGGUUUCUGCCAGAUUCCGUACGAUUCGUCCAACAUCAACGAUAACAAUAUGGUUUACAUGAACUCGAUGCUGCGUGACGAUGGGAUGACGCGACUGAACUCGGCACUGGAUAGUUUCGGCCGUAUUGAUGAUACGUUCGCACCGUUCCAGAAGGAAUUUAAUGAAAUGGAAACACGGUUGGAAGAGGCUGAGAAGGAUGUGAGCGAGCAAUUUUUCAAAGAGGAGUUUGAACUGGGUUUGUCCGAUGAUGAAAACUACUCGAAGAUUGAUGUACCGGUGUUCCGUGGCCAGCGGCAGGGUCGUUUCCUGCAUGAUUUCCGAUUCAAUCAGUCCGGUAUCAUCGACAAGGACAGCGGACGUUGCUUCCUUAUGACGUUGGAUCGGGACACGGUGCUGCCACCGAAGUCGCUCCGCGAUUUGAUCGAGAAGAUGUGGAAUGGGUACUAUAACAUCAACACCAACACGGUUCGCAAGAACAUGCGCGUUAUUACACCGGAGCUUAAGGAUUUGAGUGAUGUUUCGCCCAGAAUCACCAAAGAGUGUGAAGAUAUGAAGAUUUACCGGUUGGAGAAACUUGUGUCGGGAGUUUUCAAACGAUCUGCAGAUCUUCAUGAGCACGCCAAAUUUGCUGAGUUUGGUGGUAACUAUAUCUCUGUGAUCGACAUCCAAAACAUGGAAGACAUCGUAGAGUAGAGCUAAGCGAUCUAAAUCGAUCAAUCAGUUGAGAAUGUGAAACAAAAAUUGUACGUAGCGGGAGAAGAAGAUAAAAGGAAACAAGAAAAAAAAAACCAAAUCUGUUUCGCCAAUUAAAUACGAAAUACCUAAAAAUUAUAAAAAAUAUCUACUCAGAAAAAUGUAAUAGAUUUAGUUUUCUUACAUGUAAAGCUACACGUUCUAUACCAACGGUUGGAAGAAAGAUCAAUUUCUCUGUAACGCUUUGCAAGAUUAGUGCGGUUAAAUCGCAAUGUCAAAUGAAUCGAAAUAGUUUUGUAUGAAAAUAAUAGAUUAGGGACAGCGGCGAGACUGCAUGUUGAAGCAGGCAUCAUUUUACUAACUUUUCAUUCGAAAUAUUUUUGAGCAAGGUAAUGGAACACAAA